AGGGACGUACGUAUGAACCGGUGAAGUGUCCACAAUGCAAAGAAAUUUACCAUGUACAUGUUCCAAGGGCGGGUCUCUGUUGGAGUUUGUACGAGCGUUUGGACUGGUUAAUCACGGAAAUGUCCCCGUUCGUAUCCAUGGGCUUCGUGACUGCGGGGUUCUACGCCUCUUGUACAUCGUAUGGAGCGUUUGCGAUCUGCCAAAUGUAUGGGCUCGUACCCGGACACAGGCUCAUACAGCGCAUGCCAUCGUUUGUGUUCUUUACGGCCGUGCCAAUGAUCCCGUUUCUGCUGGUCAUACCAAGGCUUUACUCCCCGGCGCUCCUGGCGUCGAUACUGAGUGUGUCUACGAACACGGUCACGGGGAGGGUUAUGCCUGACGGGCAGGUGGUGUACAACGAUGACGAUGUUUUGUGGGAGGAUGUACCGGGCGACGCCGAAGACACAAGUACUAGAGCGAGCAGGACGAACAGUUUUAGUACAGAUACGCACGAAGGACUGGAAGCCAGCAACGUUAGGGACACAGAUGACCGCAGAUCAAGGGCCGGCUCACAAGACGCGUACGAGGUUGUAUUUGAUCUCGAUAUCGGAGGGUCCACUCCAGGCGCUCGGACCCCGCGGACCAGCCUGAACAGAGGUAUAGAACACGCGGACUAUAUGAAUCCGGGGGAUAGCAUAGACGCGGGCGAGUACCCACAAAUUAACAACGGAAGGCAGGACUAUGUGCAAGACUCGAUGAUACAAAUAGACGUGGAUUUGGGCCAAGGGACGUUUAGGGAUGGCACCCCGUUUACCCGCAUACUGGCCGGGGGUCUGAUGCUGCCGGUUGUUUCUGCGUACGUAGGGAAUCUGCUGUUCUAUGGCCGCCUGCAAUCGACCAGGAUACAGCGGAGUUUACUUGGAGGCUUCAUAUAUCUCACCGUGCGACAAUGCGUUAAGAAGUUAUACGCAAUCACGUUAGAGAAGCGGCUGGAGCGAAGGCUGGUUUUGGAUAUGCCCCGCCCAAGUGACUAUCUUAAUGAAUCUACCUGAGAUACGAGCUUCUCGGGAUAGGACAGAGAUUGACGCGUGUGUACGCGGAUACGGGACUAUAAAUAGCUCAGCAGAAUCUAACGGGCUUCCGCAUUGCUGCAAGAAUUAUAGCGUCCGUAUCGAACGCGGCCCAAAAAAAAACGGCGCGGGUAAUAUUAGAACGCUACAGAUGACAUUUGGAUGGAUUCAUUGACGGAACUACUUCGUUUGGCACAUCUUUCUGCGGCAAUUUUCAUGUGCGUUUUGGAAUUGAAACGGGAUCAAACCAGCACAUCGAAAAGGUACAGAACUCUGAGUAUUAGCGGCCUUCUCAUGGCCACCGAUGAGGUACAUAAGGAUCAAUACAAUAUGCUGUAAUAUAUUUCCAACUACACUAACGGCGGGGACCCUUUCGUAAGCUUUGAUUUUCUCAAUUUGUCAAUAAAUCCUUUGGAGACCACAC